UCACGUGGAUCGCAUGCCCUCCAUAGUUACCAUGUGGCCCCUUUCCUUCUGGGAAACUUUUUCCCGCAGAACUACAAAAGCCGCCCUCUCGCCUUCUCUCUCCAUAUUCCAUCAUCAGUUCAUCACCUCAUCCUACUCUCUCCUGUCGACGACGGGAUUCGUGUCCGCGACGCUGCAGUUCUGUGCGCCGAUUCCCGGACAAAGCCUCUUGUGCGUCGUCGACGAUGGCCAAGAAGAGGAAGUCCAUUGCUUCAAGCCUCGAUGAGGUGGAUCGAACCAUGUAUGCGUCCUUUUGCAGCGCGGCGAAUUCUCUGUCACAACUGUAUACUCAAGCUAUGAACCACCAGAAGCUUUCGUUCCAGGCCGGUGAAAGACACGGCCUUGAAAAGCUUCAUCAGUGGGUCAGGAGACAGCAAGAGGGAGGAUCAAGAGUUGGAACGGCUGAUAUAGUCAACUAUAUUCAGAAUGAACUGGAUUAUUGCGGAGAGGAGCCAUCAAUGUCUCCCAGAGCUCCGCUGCCACAGCAUCAGUCUCAGCCAGUUAUGCAUGUUAAUGGUUCAGGCUUCCCGGUCAGUUCAGGAUCUUGUGGCCAAACUAUUCUUGGGCAGGGACUUCGCCCUGAGCAAUGUGAUAAUCAACCAAAGAAUUCCGUGUUUUCUAAUGCUUUGUCGAGCCCGGUUCGUGGAAGUCUUCAACACUAUCAAAUCGGCGAGGGAUGUUACUUCCCUAGUGGUCUGUCCAUGGGUAACGGAAACCGAUAUAGCGAACCCGGCUUUCAUCACCAGCAAAACAGGGAUUCUUCUUCUUUUAGUUCCAAUGAUUCUGCCAUGGACAUGCAUGCUGACUAGUCUUUGCCUGUAUACUAAAAAUUCUUGUUUGACAAAGCCUUAUGAAAUACCUGCAAAAGAAGUGAAUAUCUAUGUCAUCCUGGUCAUUAGUUUGGUUCUAAAAUGAUAUUUUGUAAAGCUUUUGUUUGUUUUGUUUUAUAGCUUAUAAGCUUUCUAAUUUGUACCUUGGUGUUGCUACCUUGGACGACUUUUAUCAGUGCAAGAAAUGUACUAUCUUAGUUGCCUAUGUAAAUUCGUUCUUUCUGCAAAUUUAAUUAAUCUACAAGGCAAUUUCCAGUG